GUUGCAUGGCAACUCAUUUGUUUACGUUUUUAUUUACAAAUCCUUUUGCAAGGACGCACAAUGGACCUGGUCAAGGAGAUUAAUGACAAAUACCUGGCCCUCGAGGCGGAGAUUGACCAGAAAUUGGAGAAAGUACAAGCUGAGGAACUAAAACUGGAACGCCAGAACGAAAAGCUUGCUGAGAGGUCUAUUUAUACACCUGCUCCCAAAGUUUUAUCCUACGAAGAGGCUCUACUGAGAAACACCAACACCUUAAAGGCUUUAGAAAUAGCAAAAGCCCGCCUAAGAUCACGUUCUACGUAUUCUCCCGUGGAGAAACUCCUUCAAAAGGCUUUGCAGAAUUACAGAAAAGAACUGGAAAGUCUGCAGGAGACUAAGGACAAACCCGAGGAUCAGGACAACCAAGAAGAGGAGGAGGAGGACAACCUGUACGAGCUGGUCAUGCAGAAUGUGAUCGAGGCCAAGAAGCAGCAUUCCCAAAAAACAGUCGAUCUUUGAGUUGUUUCCAUGGAACUCGUGUCGUUGAUAUGACAUAUAUGUACAUUUAUAUAGGUAUUCGUUGUAUUGUGUUCAAGCAAGACAUUGUCAAGCUGAAUAAACACCCACCAAAUGUA